GUGUGUUUAUUUAAUAAAUUAUUCAAAAGAAAAACAUGAAAUGGAUAUUGAUCAAAAGCAUGACUUAUUUAUUGUGUAUUUUUCUCAGUGUCAUGCAAGUAAAAGGUCUUGCAUAUGGAGUUUGUAGAAUACAUGACAGUUUAGUAGGAGAACAUAUGGUACAAGUGGAGGAUUGUUGUUACAAUUUUUACAAGAAGAAUGACGUCUGUGUUGAAUGUCCGCUUGGCCAUUCUUCGAAGGGCAUACAGUGUGAAAAAUGCGGGGAUGGACUAUUUGGAAAAAAAUGCGCAGAGGUGUGCAAAUGUAAUGCCACGGAAAGGUGUGAUCAUGUGGUGGGAUGCAUUUCUGUUACAGUAGAUGACAGGACAGAGAGGACAAAUCCUCCCUUAGAUGGUAAUCCAGCCGAACAGGCUGCCGGACAUGACGAUGUUGUUACUUACAUGACUUGCGUAGCAGUUGGAAGCGUUUUAGUUGUCAUCUGUGGUCUACUCGUGAAGAACAAAGAAGCAGUGUGUAGACGAAAUGGUAGUAUCACUGCCAUGAAAAAUGAAAUAACGGAGAGAAAGCGACCAAAACUCGGUCCGGGUAAAAACAAUGGUAAAGAUAAGAAAAAAAGCUUGUAUGCGGAAAUAAACGAAAAUUACAUGAUCAAUUUCGACGGAGAAUGAAUUAGAAAGUACCCAGAUUUUAUUUUCAAUUGGACAUGCUAAUUUAAUAUUUUUUGUAUGUGAGUGUAUAGGUUAUUUGUCUAACAUUUCAUUUACUACUGCUUUACACUUUACACUAUGUGUGUGUUUUAUGUCAAUUUGACUAGUACAGCCUUUUCCAACUGAUUUUUACAGUUUGUUCUUGUGUUAGCGGAAGGAUUGAACGCUAUAAUACAUGUUAAACCUCUCCACAUUCUGUAUAAAAUUAUGUCCCAAGUCAAGAGCCAGUAAUUCAGUGGUUUUCGGUGGUUGCUGUCUAUCAUAUUUAUUUUUCGCUUAUUGUGUUGUACAUAAAGGCCAGAAGUUCUCUCGUUUGAAUUGUUCUGCGUUGUGAUAUGUCUGGAGCUUUUAAAGCUUACUAUACGUUAUCGGUUUUUUUUCUUUUCAUUUUUCAUGAAGGCCGUACGGUGACACGCAGUUGCUUACAUUUACGUUACUUGGUCUCCUGUGGAUAUUUGUUUCAUGGACAACCAUACACAUGUUGAAUUUCUGAGUUUAUAAUAAUCUACCUUUUUCAUUAUAUAAUAUCGAUCGAGAUCAUCCUUAUCUGAUGUUAAUGUUUUAAAAUCAUUAUAGCGAAAAAAAUUAUAAAAUUGUCAAACAAAGAAAAGAUGGUUUCAGUUUCUGGUUUUAUGAUGUUACUUUCGGGAAGAGUCCAACAGAAUAAAUUAGGGUUACUAAUCUUAGUUCAAAAAGGUUUUAAUGACUAAAAUAUGUUUACUGCGACUCCUAUUAUACAAGAAGCUUCGAAGUAGCGGGGUUAUAUACAUUUGUAGAUUUUAAACCAUCCGUCCGUCUGUCAGUCGUUUUUGUUCCGGAUUAUUGCCUUGAUGCUAAAUCGAGAUUGCUUUGAAUAUUUUUAAACGCAGUAUUUAUUUGAAAAGGAAAACAUUUUUUUUCUUUUUUUAAGCAAUGUAACAAAACAAGUGCAUGUACUAUUAAUUUCAACAAACUUUUUAACUUGAUGUAGUUAUUUAGAAACGUAACAGACAGUGAUUAUGUAUGUUGAAAGUGUAAUUAUCUUUUUAUGGCAAAGUGCUGAUUGUAAGCGUUUUUUAUGUCUAUUCAAAUAAAACAUUUGAUUAAUAAAAUAUAAUUGGUGCA